AUGUUUUGUCUCUGCUGCUGCAGAGCUGCCAUUCCAGGUGGAGCUGCAGGAGGUGGCAGGCCUCCAGGUAAAGGGAUUGCUACUGGAGGUGGUGGUGGUGGGCCUGCAGCAAAUGAUGGUGGUGGGCCUGCAGCAAAUAAUGGUGGUGGAUGUGGUGGGCCUCAAGUUAUUGCCGGUAGUGCUGUUGGUGGUGGCGGUCCUCAUGGAGGUGGUGGUGGAGCUACGGCCGGUAGUGCUGGUGGUGGUGGCAGGCCUCCUAGAGGUGGUGAUGGAGGCCCUCCAUCUCCAGCUACUGGUGGUGCUGGAAGUGGUGGGCCUCCAGUUACUGCCGGUAGUGCUAGUGGUGGUGGCGGGCCUCCUGGAGGUGGUGGUGGGUUCCUUCCAUCUCCAGCUACUGGCAGGGGAGGAACUCCAUCAUUCUCAUCAUAA